CUCUGCUGCUCAGCGUUUGGAACAAACUGUUCCGAACGCUGGCACCGGGAGCUUGUGACAUCAUAGCCCCUCCCCCUCAUGACUUCACAUCACGCCCUGCCCCCUCAAUACAAGUCUAUGGGAGGGGGCGUGACCUAAUGAGGAGCUAUGAAGUCACGAGCUCCCGGCGCCGGCUCCAGCGUUUGGAACAGUUUGUUCCAAACGCUGAGCAUUGGAAUACCCCUUUAAGGGGUUAAAAAUGAAAGAAGCAAUCUGGUUGGUUGCCAUGGGCAACUGCACCACUCUUCCUCUGCACAGGUUUUGAUAAAUUUACCCCUAAGUGUCUGAUAUCAGGGGGUUGCUGGAUGGAGUGUUUGUGACUCCAACCACUCGGACCUCCCCCAUGAUCUUCAGAAGAAUGCCCCAGCUCUGAGAGAGAGAGAGCGCGUGCUUCAGAUGACACUGCUCCAUUCGUUUUUAUGGGGGCACCAAAGAUACCCGACACAGCCCAUUUGGGCCUUGAGGACAGAGCCAAGUUCAAUUUCUGUGUUUGUUUUUUGUCCUCCUCUCCUUUUAAAAGGCAUGGGUUUUAUAUUUCCAUCCACUUUGUAAUCACACCCUUGAUUUAAAAAAAUUAUUUGUGUGUUUGGGGUGUGGGCAGGUAGGGUUGAAGAAAAAAAAUCACUUUUGGGGGUUGUUUUUAUGCUGUACUCUUUAUAGUAAAACGUACAUGUUCUCUUUAUUCUGUGGGUCAUUAGGAUUAAAACGAUACCCAUCCAAUCUUUAGAUGUUUUAUUUUGUAUGAGGGUCCUCCAGGGGUUAGAGGGGACCUGUCUCCGCCUCUCCCAUAGAGAUGAAUGAAGGGGGAUGUUUACACCAGCUGACCUGCUGGGUACGAAACGCGCUCUAGCAGCUCAGACUUGCCCACCUUGAAUAGAGCUUACAGGUAUCCUGACAACUAGUGGGAUGUGGAGGGUCUUCCUGCACAGCUAGCCCCUUAAUUUUCAGGAAAAUGAUCCUAUAAAUGUUUGUGUAGCAUUAUAUGACAUUGGCUAUGACAUUAUAUAUUUUUAGGGAGCAUUAGAAAAUGAAAUAUUUGGAUGCUUGUUUAUUUCAUUAUUUGUUUACAUUUGGUAUUUAGAAGAGCAAUGAAACGGAAAGAGACAAAUGCAGAAGCAACCGAUCCAUCUUCCAUCUCUUCAGUACAGAACACCAGAAACAUUUCUGUUUGUGAAGCUAAAACAUUCUGGCAGAAUCAGCGCAAAACAGGGCAGGUGGAUGUUUUGUUUAAGGAGGUUCAGAGCAAGUUGCAACUUCUGUGGCAGAAAAUCAAAGACGAGUCAGCAACAAAACAAGAUUACGUGAGAGCUCUGUUGUUAGUGAAUGCAGCAAAAUUGGAGGACUGUGAAACCUACCAGUGUGGUUCUGCAGAGAACCUGCUGGAAGAUGAGGAUUGUCAACCAGUAAGGACGGAAGAACCUCUAUCAGCUCCAAAUAGUGAAGUAGAGGAAACCGUAACCCAUUCAGAACCGGAGUCCAGUGAUGCACCGCUUCCUCUUGUCACAAAACAUGUUCUUUACAAACAGCACAGCUGUGGGCAGAUGUGUCUCUCUAAUGUGAAUCCGUACUUCAGUGAAAGAGAAAAUCCACUCAAAUUUCCACUUUUAUGCCACUUCCAGAGGCAACAUGCAAAGUCCAGUCUCAUCUCUAGGCAGCUGGAUGUCAUUUACCAAACCCCCUGUGGAAAGAGUCUCCGGGGCUUUGAUGAUGUGCGCUCUUACCUCUCUCAGACGAAGUGCUUCUUUUUAUCUCUGGAUCAUUUCUCCUUUAAUACUUACCUCCAGCUAGAUAGAAACCUUGCCAAGAACCAGGUAGUUUUUCAGGAAGCCGAUAUAAGCAGAGACACAGAAUUGGUGCCAGUCUCCAUCUGCAAUGAGAUUGAUAACACAAGACCAGCACCUUUUACAUACAGGAAGUCUCCGUGGCCACGUGGAUACUCCAUCAAUAAUUUCACUGACCUGUUUAUAGGAUGCUGUGACUGUACCGAUGGCUGUUGGGACGUGACAAAAUGUGCUUGUCUACAGCUUACCGCCAGAGAAUUUGAUCAAGAUUUCACAUUACCAUAUAAAGGCAAGGCACCUGGUUAUAGGCAUAAGCGACUGCAAACUCCUGUACCAACUGGACUAUAUGAAUGUAAUGUAUCAUGUAAGUGUGACCGCAAGAUGUGUGAAAAUCGUCUCGUACAGCUCGGCCUUCAGCUGCGACUCCAGGUGUUCAAAACCAAAGGAAAGGGCUGGGGGGUACGCUGCCUGGAUGAUCUUGACAAGGGGACGUUUGUGUGCAUCUACGCAGGAAAGAUUUUAAUGAAAACGAUAAAUGUGGCAAUAGCUCAGGAUUCUGUGAUGCAUACUUGUGCAGAAAAGACUACUUCCAACACAAAAAGGUGUUCUCAUUCAGACUCAGAGGUUAUGGCUUCUCCUUCCAGUUCAGGCAAUAGUCAGACAUUUAGGAUUACUCCACUGCUACGGGGAAGUUCACAGAGCAAAUUAAAAAGAAAAAGUGUAUGCCACACCAAACAAGGGAAAUUAGAUUUUGUGAGCAUGAAAAGACCAAAUACCAAGACUUCCAUUCUUCAGAAACGCAAACGGCAGCUCAUGGAAGAGGGUGCAGUGACCAUGCAGCACAGUUCUGAAGAUGAGAUUUUCACCCCUCCUGCUUCUCCUAAGAUGCAGCGUCCUGUUGACAGUGAGGAUGAAAAUGCGACAGUUAAGGUGACACCUAAAAUGAAGAGUAACAGUGUCCUGGCUGAUGAAGCUGGUUACAUAUCUGAUGACAAUAGCUCAUCUGUCCAGAGUGGUGGCAAAGAGACUUCUGACUCUGCAGAAUUUCACACAGAAGAAAACAUUUACGUAUUGGAUGCUUCCGCAGAAGGGAAUAUUGGACGGUUUGUUAAUCAUAGCUGUUUGCCAAACCUUUUUGUGCAGCAAGUCUUUGUGGAAACUCAUUGCCGAAAAAUUCCCUGGGUUGCAUUUUUCACGAAAAGCUUCAUAAAAGCUGGGACCGAGUUGACUUGGGAUUACAAUUAUGAUGUUGGAAGUAUUCCAGAAAAAGAAAUCGCUUGUUUAUGUGGACAUAAACUAUGCAAAAAUGUUAUAAAACUGGAGAAUCGAAAGUGGAAGCAGCAUCCAAGGGACGUCCCCUGCCCCGGCCCCCUCCCCGCCCGGGAGAAGACGCUGCGGCGCUGUACACAAGACUGCUCCGCCAUGGCCUCCACCGGCAUCUGCGCUCUCUGCAACAUGUCGGACACCGACCACAUCACCGGGAAACUGCAGAAAAUGCCGGACAGGGACAUCGUGGCGCACUACAACUGCAUGUUGUAUUCCCCAGGGGUGAUAUCAAUAGACUCACAGGAGGACAUUGAAGGAUUCGACUUUCAAAUUUCUACUGUGCUAAAGGAAAUAAAGAGAGGAAAAAAAUUGAGAUGUAGUCAUUGUAAGAAAAAUGGAGCAACAGUCGGCUGUGAUGUCCAAUCUUGCAAGAAAACGUAUCACUUUCCAUGUCUAAUAAAAGCAAAUGGUUAUCCAAGUCAAGAUAAAUUUGUUGUGUACUGUGAAUUGCACAAGGCAACUGAUAAUGAGGACUCUGAUGGAAAAACUAAAAAGGACAUGCUGACAAGCAGAAAGGAAAAAUGGUUGCAGAGUAUGGAUGGUAAAAUAAGGUAUGAUAAUGUCCAAAUGCAGUGGUGUCCGCUCACCUCCGGAGCCAAAUCUCCGACACACCUGUGCUGUCACGGACCCGCCGGUCCCGCCCCGGCUUCAACAGCGUAUGGAAAGGAAGGAUUGUCCGGCACCAGGAAGAACACAGUAAAGAAUCAGCAGAAUAAUGGAGGCUCUCCCAUCCAUGACGUCUUUAAUGAUGAGCUUCCGGGCUCCUGUGUGCAGACUGGCAGCCGAAAGUCUUCAUCCAAGAGUAAGCAUUUAACAUGCAGGGUGUGUGAGACCCCGCUUCCCAACGCCUAUAGGUACUCCACGUGUCCCAGCUGCCGCCCACAUUCUCCCCCAGACCAGCCUAGUCAAGACGUCAUCACACCAGAGAAAGAUUUUCUGCAGUCCUCUUUCAAAGAAGUGACGGACUCGGUGGCUAAGAAGAGAUCAAGAAAUCAGUUCCCCCUGAGCACAAGUUCAGAAGAAAGUGAUUCUAUACUGAGUCCAAAAGUGACGAAAACUUUCUCACUUAGUGGAUUUCCAAAGAGAAAAAAGGAGCGUAGUUCACAGACGAAACCUAAUGAGAAGCUUGAAGAGUUUCUGAAAAAUAUAUCUUCACAGGAGAGGAACGACUUAUCUCAAAUAUAUUCUGAGCUUGGGGGGUCAAUGCAGGAUCCAGCUAUGGAAAUUGCUUCACCCCAGGAGAAUCAAAAUAAUACAGUGACUACAAAAGAUCCAGCAACUACUAAUGUCACUGAUACAUCAACAAGUUCUAACAAUGAUGAAGACAAGACUCCAGAGAGACUGCCUGAUAUCAAUGUUCAUGCUAAUUCCCCAAGAAGCCCUGAAGAACAUUUCACAGAAGAACAUCCUGUUAGUUCACACGAUGAGGCAAUACCAGAUAAAACGUCAACUAGUAAAACAGAUAAUAAAAAUAGUGGGAUUUCUCAGAUCAGGCACAAAUUAUCCCCGAAGUCCUCAGACAACAAAAUAAAAGACAGUUUAUGUAUAAAUACACCUGAUGCCUCUGCAUGCAAAGAUAUACCUAAAGCACAGUCACCUGGAUGUCUUAAUGGUGCAUUCAGGCCAGAAGUCAAUCCUGUGGCCACCGCUCAGCAGAUACACUCUACUAGCUUUGAAGACAUGGUAUCCUCACAACCUACGAGCUGUACAGAUACUGGUAAAUCUGUAAGGCCUGAUACAUCGGUAGGAUAUACUUUAGAUCUCUUCAGUGAACAACAGUCUAACAAUCUUGAAGCACAAGGAACUUCAGAAACACAUCGUUCAGGGUGUCCUCCUGUGACAAAACGAAGUGUCAGCCCUCCACCUACACUGGAGAAAGAUGGGAAUAAAACACAAGUGUCUCCCAGUAAUGGCUGGUCACCAGCUCAGCACCUUAACAGAGAAAGUCCUCGUUUGGCAAGUCCCAGUAAUGUUACCACAUGGCAGAAUACAGGAAAAGGUCAGAACAAAGGAGACAUUUCUACUGUUGUCAGUCCUAACCAGAUCAAGGCAAUCUCAAGAGAAAUUACAACAGGGAAUCUUGCUAAACAGUUGAAAAGUAUUGUUCCACAGAUACAAAGUACAAUUGGUUCUCAAAAAAGAAACAUGACCAAGGAUGCAGAACAAAGAAGACAUGGUCACAGCAUCUCUGAAGGAUCACCUAACUCCAGUACUAAUAACAAACCAGAAACCACAAAUCCUGCAAAUUAUCUGCCUAAACCUCUGAAGAAUCAGGAAAUAUCAGGUGAGCCAAUUGAAAAGGAUAAUCUGAUGUGUCAGAAAAGUAGUGAAUCCAAUACCUUAAAGAGAAAACUAACCCAGGAUUUUGAGGAGCUCCUGCCACACAAGAAACGCUAUCAACCUGAAGAAAAUUUAUCUGAACAGCUGGAGAUCUCUGAGGAACAAAAUAAAAAUAAUUUCGGAGAACUUGCAACAUCAGAAUCAGUAGAGUCAGAAUGUGCAUCAGAACACCUGUCUGGGCCUUCAAGUAUGACCACACCAUUUAAAAGACAGUUUGGAUCCCACCGCAGAAGUAAAAAACGGUCAGGUUACCAACAUGGAAGAUUUAAGGAUCUGGAUGAUAUUGAUGGAUUUGGCCAUGCCGUUGCAGGCCAGUGUCGGAAACUGCCACAUGACAGACAAGCCAGAUAUAUGUCAUAUGUCUUCGCUUCUGCAGAAUUUUUUCGUAAAUGCCCAAACCUGCCUGAACUCACAGUUUUAAUAACCAGCCUCCAGAUUGCUUUGGAGACUUCUCAGACUUCAACAAUAUAUAAUCCUUCUGGUUCAUCAGUUUAAAGAGUACCUGUCAUCAAACCAUAUUUUCUAAACUAACUCAGAUUAUAUUCCCUAACUACUCCUACUACCCUCCGGCCCUUAAAUUUUUUUCCCAAGCUUUAAAAAGCUCUGUAUCACACCUUUCCCCUUGCUCACAUUGUGUGAGCUCCCGGCAGGAGAAAGUGGGCAUUCCCAGCAGAUGCGAAUCACUGAAGGCUGCAAGAGCUGUGCCUCCCCAUGCCCCGCACGCAUUUCCUUUUUAAAAAAAAACAUUUUUAUAAAUUUUCAAUGCAAUGAAACAACAAACAAAUAAACAGUUCCGGUAGACCCCCCCACACCCCAAUACAUUAAUUCCAAAGGGACUGAAGUACAUGUUGUGAAAUGAGCAUAAGUGCGCAAGGGAAGGGCAGGCCCACCCAGAACACCACCACAUGAAGACCACAUAACAGACAAGACCAUUCACACACACGCAUCCACACAUACCUUAGAAGCUCCCAAAGUCCAACAGACCACCUCAAGACUGAGAGGCACCCCGAACUGGAGGAUCAGUAGAAACAUCCAGCAUUAACCAUGGCACCCAAACCUUAUCACAUUUUUUCGGGCAUUUUCGACUGACAUAAAGGGCAUGAUAUAAAGGCACAUACUUAUUCACUAAGGCUAUCCACCGGGAAAGAGGGGGGGGGAGGACACAUCCUUCCAGGCCAUCACUAUAAUCUUACAUGCACAGAACAAAAGAAAGCAGACCAAAAUGCGUUUGUAAGAGCCUGUCUCUAACCCAUUAAUAACGGCUAGCAAACACACCUCUGGCGUCAAAACAAAGGGGAAGUCUAAGUGAUCUGAUAGGAAUGUCAUUACCCCUCUCCAAAAGGGAACCACACAUGAGCAAGUCCAAACCGCAUGCAAAAAGGUGCCCCGGUCCUUCCCACAUCUAAAACAGACCUCUGAUUCCGAGACCCCCAUCCGAUGAAGUCUAACAGGAGUAUAAUAGAGACGAAGGGCAAACCUAGAUUGAAUGAGCAUAUCCCAAACACUAACUACCGUAGGGUAAUACGUCUUAUCAACCUCUUUCCACAUAUCCUCAGUAAGACUGGGAAUAUCCUCAACCCACUUCAGCUGCACCACCGUAAACGGGUCAGGACCCAUUGAUUGUAGUAGAGCAUAACUCUGGGUGAGGGGCCUAGUCAGGUCCGCGGUCCCCAGGAGCAACUCCAGCUCAUUAAAAACAGGGGUGACCUCCAGGGAACCAAACUGCACAGAGACCACAUGUCACAACUGGAGAUACCGGAAGUGGGCAUCCUGAGGGACAUGAAACAGUUCUCUAACCUCAGCAAAUGAAGGAAAGACAGUCAUCUCCAAACAGGUGCAUGGCAAAUUUGAUUCUCUGGGAGCUCCUGAAUCCGGCUGCCUCCAACCCCAGGUGUUCCAAAUGUGGAUUACCCCACAGGGGUGCCCUCAGAGAGACCACCAGUUGAGGGAAGCACCCAGAGACCACUGACCAGACCGCGGCCACAGUCUUAAGCGGGGUCAGUAAAGAGACAGAGGGAACAUACCUGUAUAAUGUAUUAGUCAGUGUCUCAUAGGAACCCAGGAGAGCCCCUGCCAGGGCCGUGCAGGCAUUGGACAGGUCCAGGUCAAUCCACCAGGCUGUGUACACCAGCUGUUAGACUAGAAAAUAGUUAUGCAUGUUAGGGGCGACUAAUCUCCCCCACCCCCGCUGCUUCGGUGCCUGUAGCAGAGCCUGUCCCAACCUCGGAGGUUUGUUCUGCCAGUAGAAGGAUCUGAGAGCCUUGGGAGGAAUAAUAGGUGACAAAUGGAAAAGGUACAGGAUCUUGGGGAGAAAGAUCAUUUUGAAAAUGUUAACCCGACCCACCAAGGACAGGGGCAAGGAGUCCCACGCCUGCAAUCGCGUAAGCGUAGUAUUAAGUAGCCGCACGCAUUUCCUGAGUUUGGUCUCCUGCCAUGCCGGGAGGAGACCAAACUAACUUUGACUUGCGCAGGGAUCAAAACAGAGCAACCUAGUGGCCGUUUUUUCAAUCACAUUAAAAACAUAUAAAGGUUGAGAAUUUUAACAGCAAGUAAAUAGCAAAGUGUCUUAUAAAUACAUAAGGGAAAAUAUAUUAAAAGUUUUGUUUGGUGACAGGUACUCUUUAAUUCAUCUGUAAAUAUAAAAAUGUACAUGACUUUUACAGCAUAAACUAUAACAAGUAAUCAUUCAAAAACCAAUAACAUGUAAAACAGUACCUGAUGUGCAAGUGAGUAUAUCAGUUAUAAUAAAGUGUAGGCCAGUUUCCUUAACCAUUAGCUUAGGAGCAACAGAUAACUAUGUGGCCCUCUGCAUUCGGCAUUCCAAUAUUUUUUUUCUUAUCCAUCAAAUACAAACAGAUCACAUGCCUGAACAGUACAAUAAAAAUCACAUGCAUACAUUAUAGCACAGUAAAAGCAUGGACAUUACAAUAUACAUUACACACUGCACCACACCAACUUCUACCAUGCAAAAAUCUAUUUUUGCCCCCAUUGACUUCCUUGCCACCUUUUCAGCUUUCUUAAACACCAUAAAACUGAUGAACUAUUAAAGUGUACCUGUUGUAAACAAAAACUUUAUAUAAUGUAGAUAACAUAUGUAUAUUUGUAAUAUACAUUGAUUAAAAAAUGUGUAUAUUUUUGGGUAAAAAAAAAUGCUGUCUCUGUGCAUGUUUGUCUCUGUGAGGAGUCCAAAUACAGGAAGUGAGGGCAGGACAAGCAGGGCUCUGUGUAGACUCCUGGCUUGUCAAUCAUCCUCAUGUGUGAGCCUAUAGCAUGUCACAAAACCUCAACCGCCCUGCUUGUCCUCAGUGUACAGAGCCCUGCUUGUCCACUCUCCCUUCCUGUAUUUGGACUCCUCAUAGAGACACACAGGCAAAAGCUGCAGGGACAAAAAUAUAAAAAAAAUUUAACCAAUGUAUAUUACAAAAUGUGCAUAUAAUGGUAUCGCUUCUUUGCGAGUGUAGUAUCUGUUCUUAUCAGUUUCAUGCCCGUGGAGAGUCACACCGGUGUGGGGCUGUUGGGGAUGGGUGCUGCAUGGAGGGAGCAGGUGUACCGGGGCGUUUAGGGGCUGGUGCCACGUAACCAGCUCAAUGGCUGCCCUGAUGUGACCUGUUGCCUCCAGGUCUCGCCAUGAGGUUGGGCGGUGUGGAGCCGAGGUACUUCUGUGCCUCGGGGAGUGGUGACCCUGAGGUGUCGAAACUCACUGGGUGUUAAAGUUCACUGAGUGAACGCACUGCACCAUACUCUUCACCUUUGGCACUCACCCUUGGUAUCCCGGCCUUCUAGCUAGGCUCAAGGAAAUUUUUAUAGAUCCGGACGGAUGACCGGGCAGUAUAUCUGCACUCAUUCACUUAUUUUUGUAUGUCACUGUGCCAGUUUGCGUGUUUUUGUUUGUACACAAGAUUGUCAGGAUGCGGUAGCCCUUCUGGGUGUCCCUUCUGGCGGUCUAGGGGAGGUGUGUGUGGCCAUUAGGUUCCUCAUCUCCCUACAACCCCUGGGCAUCUUUGCUUUGGUCAAGAUGCCAUCAGUAUACAGCUCCUCGGCUGAUACCUUAGUUAACGCCUAGGUUGAAGUCAGGAGCAUUUUCGGCCCCUUAGUAGCUUCGGCGAAAAGGGGCAUCGAACCUGGAUCCUUGCAGGAGCAUUUUGGCCCGGAGGUGAAUGGUAGGUUUGUUGGGGGGGGGCUCUCUCCUGUUGGAGAAGGGCUUAGCAAUAGACCGCAUCAUUUGUGCACUUUUUUUAGUGUGACAAGUUUUCACUUUUUCUUGCACUUUGGGUGAUAGAGAGCACUUGCCUCGGCUCUUAAAAAAUAUAAUGGUAUUAUCUACAUUAUAUAAAAAGUUUUUGUUGAUGACAGGUACACUUUAAAUUCAUUUAUUUUGACAAGGUCAGAUAUUUCAGAUAGCUGUCAGCUGAACACUUGGUUCUACCAAACAUGCAAGUAUUCUUAAUAGGUAGAAAUGGAAAAAGACCCUGCCAGACACCUAAAGGUAAAUUAUUAGUGAGAGAAGAAAAGCUUUAGGAAAAGAAGAAAUUGUAGUCCAGCGCAGCAGCUUAUCUGCUGCGCUGGACUACCAUUCCUUCUUUUCCUUAUCAUAUCGUGGGGGUCCACACCUGUCCUUAAUGUGGCUGGCCACACCGGGUGAGCUGACUUCUCCCUUUUCCUCAUGCAAGAAAAGCUUAAGGCAUGUUGAUGUCUAAUAAACCCGAUCAUUCUCUCCCCCAACAUCUGCCAUUAGAAGACGUUGGAAGUUUCCCGUACAUAUUAGUUGGUCAUCCAACACUGCCAGAAUCUGCAGGCUCCGCUGACAGUCUCAAGGUCAACCAGCCAUAUAACUUUUAUUUUGCCACUGCCUAUUAGAGAAAAGUAUUGAUUCCUAUAUGUAUAUUUUGCUAUUGGUUAAAAAAAUUAAUAAAUUAUAAGCAUUGCAUGACACUAUUACACAAUUAUUUUGCACAGUAUUGCAUAGCAUUAUGUAUGUUUAAUAUUUUGCCUUUUUUGCCUUUUUUAUAAAAUGUGGUUGGUUUAAUUCUGCUUCCUAUAAAUAUAUAUU